CAAUGAUGCGCCAGAGCUCGUCUAAAAGGAAAUACCAUCAAUACCACGACAGAACUCAACAUGUUGACAGAAAACAAGUAAAGAAUGGGUUACAGAAAGAUCAUAAAAGAGAGACUGAGAAUUACAGCUUUGAGGCUAAGGGAAAGCCAAAAUCUGAUACUAAUCCAGCAGCUUCUUUGGUAACUCAGGUGCCCCAAGGUGCAUCGAAGCCAGCUGUUGAUCCCAAUCAAAUCUUGCAACUAGAAUUUAUAAAGGAGCAUACUGUUGUUGGACCACCCAAAAUGCCUGGCAAAAAAUGAUUAGUGCUUGAUUUAGAUGAAACUCUUGUUCAUAGUAGUUAUACCAAAGUUGAAAACUGCGAUCUAAUACUUCCUAUUGAAAUCGACAACCAAACUUGAUAUGUCUACGUCAUGAAAAGGCCAGGAGUCGAUAUCUUCCUUGAAAAGUGAUCCUUACAUUACGAAUUGAUCAUUUAUACAGCUUCAUUAUCACAAUAUGCAAAUCCCUUACUUGAUUGGCUUGACCCAAAAGGAUUGUGAGACUACAGAUUAUUCAGAGAGCACUGCACAGUUCAUAACAAAGUUUUUGUUAAGGAUUUGUCAAGAAUAGCUAGACCUCUGAAGCAUACUAUUAUCAUAGAUAAUUGUCCAACCUCUUAUAUGUUUCAUCCAGAAUGAGCCAUUCCGACAACAUCCUGGUUUGAUGACCAGACUUGCACUGAACUUUACCAAUUCAUUCCAAUUCUUGAACAACUCUCAAAAGUGAGUGAUGUAAGACCUUUCCUCAAAACUUUUGUCAAGGAAAACAAAGUACAUUUUGCAAAGGCAAAUCAAGUUCUAAGAGGAGGUAAAAUAGGUGGAAGAGCUCAAUCCCAGCCUCACUUUCAAAUUAAAGAAAAUAAAUGUUCAGAUUCUUCAAAGAAAAGCAAAGACAAAAGAUCUAGGUAUAAGAAGAGAACGACUAGUGAAAGGAGGAAUUAUAAAUCAGGUUCUCACUAUAAGAGACAUUCUAAUUUUUCUACUGAAAAUAUUUCAUCAUCGAAGUACCACUCAAAAUACUCGGCUUCAUACAAAACUAAAGAAAAGAAGGCUUAUUUAGCUAAGAAUGCUACAACUAAACAGGAGUUAGGAACUCCUAGUUGGAAUAGGCACUCCUCAAAGGUAGAGAAUAGUGCUGAAAGAACCAGAAGCAAGCAUUUGAAUUCAUCUAAAUCAUCUGCAUCCGAUAAGCAUGGAGAAAGGAAAUCGUCUAGGAAGAGACACAGAGGUGAUAAAUACAGACAAAAACAAGCAUCUCGGAGAAGAAGUCGUGGAAAGAAACGUUCACACAGUAGGGAGAAUAAUAGAGAAGAAGUUGACCACAGACACAAAGAGAGAGGGUCUAGUGCCCAUGCUCGUCAACAAUCUGCUAAAGAUUCAGGUUUAAAAUUUAAGGAAAAUUUGAAACCUGGAAAUUCAAACUGAAAUUACAGGAAUCCUGACGAAUUUCAUAAAUUCAGGCACUCCUUAGGAAAUAAGAAAGAUAAGUCGAGAAGGCCAUCCUCAGCAAAGAGGAAAGGGGAGAACCCACUGAAAGAUAGCUCUUCAAACCAGGAAGCUUCUCCUGAGUUUGAUUUUAAUUCCAAGAGCAACUAUAACACUUUGAAAAAUCAGUUUCUCGAAAAUAUUGAAUCGAAGGAAUGAACCUCGAGAGAAAAUAGAUAUGCUCACUCACAUUUUACCCAUUUUGACUCAAGCAAAACUAAGAUGUAUGAAUCACGGAAGGGUUCUCAAAGAGAAGGAAAGAAAAGAUCUUCAUCUAGAGAUAGAGUUAAGGAUUCUCCGAAAAUCAAGAAUUCUGAUCGCUCUCAGUGUAAGAUGAGACAAAAUAGAAGUCGCUCGCGCAAAUCAGAUAGAAGGUCUCACAACAAGUCUUCUAAUCGAUCAAGUGAUAAGCAGUUACAGAAGGUUAAACCAUCAAAACAUGGAGGCAAUCAUUCAACAAAAGCUUUUCAUCACACAGCAAGUUUGAAGUUUACAAAUAUAUUAAAAGACAUGAGUACUCCAACUGGUGUGGCAAAGUCAUCUCAGUUCUUCACCUAUACUGAAAACACAAAAGGAGACCACAUAAGACCAUCUAGUUCUACUCAACCAUAUACAAACACCCAGAAACACUCUUCAAGACCCUUCCUAAAUCUCGACCACCACACUUCCAAACACAGCAUUCCUCUACAAACCUCCUUAACCCCCCAGAACCAAUCAUCUCUAAAAUCCCCUGAAUCAUUCCGCCUAACCCCCAACACCAACCAUCACUACAACUACACACCUACAUUCAAACAAGACUCCUAAAAUACCCACUAAGCUCUAUCCUCUUCCUAA